AUGGCGUCGCUCGGGGUCCCGGGAAAUUGCUCCGUGGGCUUUCAGCGGGGGUUUUUAUCGCCGGCCGGGGUGUGCCUGGCUGCGGCUCGCCUCUCCUCCGGGACCGUAAAGCUGCUGCCGUGGAGCGACUGGCCGAAUGCAGCCACCGAGCUGGCGGGCGGCGCUGUAGCGCCCGGGCCGACCCUCUACGUUGCAGUCAUUCUAUCUUCGACGGAGCGACUCGUUGGCCCGGGCGGCGCCAUUCUAUCUUCGACGGCGCGACUCGUUGGCCCGGGCGGCGCAUGCGCUGAGCCUUCCCUCCCGCAAUCUUCAACCCCCUGCCCUCUCUGUCUUCUCUGCACUUGGAGCAGCUCUUCUGCCACAGCCCCUCAUCCCCUGAAAAUGUACAUCUGCGCCAAGUUUGUCUCCACUCCCUCCUUGGUCAGGAGCACCUCUCAGCUGCUGAGCCGACCGUUGUCUGCAGUGGUGCUGAAACAACCCCAGGCACUGACAGAUGAGGGUUUCAGCAGCUUGACAGCCCCGCAUUCCCUGACUUCACUUAUCCCUAGUCGCAGCUUCCAAACGACCGCCAUCUCAAGGGACAUCGACACAGCAGCCAAGUUCAUUGGUGCUGGGGCUGCCACAGUCGGAGUGGCUGGCUCUGGAGCUGGGAUUGGGACUGUGUUUGGGAGCCUCAUCAUUGGUUAUGCGAGGAACCCUUCUCUGAAGCAGCAGCUCUUCUCCUACGCCAUUCUGGGCUUUGCCCUCUCAGAAGCCAUGGGACUCUUUUGCCUGAUGGUGGCCUUUCUGAUCCUCUUCGCCAUGUGAAGGAGCCGUCUCCACCUCCCAUAGUUUCUUUUUCCUGUCGUCUGCCCUAAAUGUUCCUUGCCCUGUACCUCUCCAGGCAGCCUGGGGAAAGUGAUUGACUCAGGGUUUGACAGCGGAAAGACAAAAAAAUACUGUGUUAAUAAGAUGUUUCUUGA